CUUCUUCAAUUAAACUCUUAGAAACCAUGUUAUCAAUUUAUUUUUAAUAACAUUUCAAGAUUUCAAUUAGUUUCGUGUUUUUAGUGUUAAUAAGUAGAUAGUAUAAUGACAUACUUAAUUAAAAAAAUUGUAGUUAACAACUAAAAAAAAAGUUGAAAAAAAUAAAGGAAUAACACGAAAAAAAUAUGGAUAAUGGUCACGUACGAGAUUUUUCAGAGUUUUGUGAACAACUCAAUGAAAUUAGAAUUAAAUUUCUCAAAUGGGAUAGUUGUGAAAGAACCGUGGGACUUUACUACCUAAUGGUAGGAUUACCAUUUGCCAAUGCUAGAUUUUUGCAACAUACUUUAGAAAUGUCAAUAAAUGCCGUAAAUACCCCAGCGGCAUAUGUUUUAGAAAAAAAUGCCAAUGACACAAUUCAUGUAUCAAGUUUUUUACUUGAACCACCACAGGUAGCAAUAUCGUUGUUGCUGACUCAUUUACCUUUACUAAAACCCGACAACAAAAAAACUGCAGACUGUUAUUUACGAAUAAUAAAACAAGUAUUCACGGAAUUUAUAACGCCACCUGUUAAAAUAUACAAUGAAUGUGUAGAAAUCAUGUCUUAUUUGUACAUACAUCCCGCAUUUACCAACGACGACAAAAGUUCAUUCAAAGACUUGCUAAAACAGGUUGUUUUGAAAUUGAAACCUCAGCCUUUUGUUCAUUCUUCUGCGACAGAAUCAAGUGAUGAAUCCGUCAGUCCUAAUCCAGAUUCCCAACAAAAUUUAAAACAGAGAAGAUCUAAUAGUUUAACUCAAGCGCCUGAUAAUAUUAUACGUGAUCAAGACAAUUGGUAUUCCAGAGAGAAUCUCAGUGAACCUACCUGCAAACCUAGGAGUUAUUCAUUAUCUAGUGAUAAAUCUUUAUUAGCAGGAUUAUGUAAUUUACAAUCUAGUCGAUCUGAAACAAGAUUACAAGAUCUAAAAUUACAAAAUAAUUCACCAGCAAUGAAAAGCAUCAUAUGUUGGUUGAAAUCCUUGAGGUUACAUAAGUACAGUUGGGUUUUUAACAACCUCACCUACAAUCAGAUGGUAAACCUCACGGAGGAAACUCUACAAAGCAUAGGAAUCACCAAAGGUGCUAGACACAAGAUCCUCCUUAGCGUAAAUAAAUUAAAAGAAAGAGGAACAAUGUUAACGGAAUUGGAAACAGAGGUUAUGAAUGGGGGAGAUUUGAACGUGGCUUUAAAAAAAUUGAAAGGUGUAUUGCAGAGUCCGUUACAGAUAUCUCCGGGAGAGGAUCUACCAACGCAGUUUGUUAAAGUAAUGGGAAAAGUUUGUACUCAAAUGUUGAUGUUACGACAACCUCCGGAUGAUUAUCUUCUAGCUUUCCAUUCUAUGUGCGAGAAAGCAGAUACAAUGGACUCUUUCACAGAUGAACAGAAGAAAAAAUUGAAUAUGUGGAAGUGUCAGUUGAUCAAAGAUGACCUGGUGCUUCCAGUACACAGUGGGAAACCGAAAAAACACUCCAAUAGGUCUCACCGUUUGGAUCCGCAUAGGAUCAAAAAACUGUGUUGUUCCAUGCAACCCAAUAGUUACACUAAGAAAAGUUCAUCGUUUCCUAAUAUGCAGAACAAUCAAUCGUGGAAUACACACAGACAUUCAGUGGGUAGCUUAACGUUACAGAAUCAAUUGUACACUUCGCAGGCUAGCCAAAAAUUGGUGAAUAGAAAUCCUCAUUUCGCGAAUAAUUCCAAUAAUUGUAUGGAAACAUCAGAAUCUAGUCAGAAACAAAUCAACUUGCCUAAAUUGAAAACGCCUGAUAGUAAGGAAAUCGAAAGUAGUUUGGAAUCGUUGUGUAUACAAAUGAUGGAACACGCUUUGGGACCUUAAUAACAGUUUUAUUUAGGAAAUGUAGUGUGUAGUUUUUAAAGUUUACCUUGUUGGUAUUUCGGAAAGUUGGUUCAAAGAUUUCGAAUUAUUGGUAGGGUGAGUGGGGUUGAACCUGUUAACGGUUUAUAUUUUGAUACAGAUUAUUUGAUCAAAAGAAAGGCAUGUGGAAUUGUUUUAGGUUAUUUUGAGUUGAGUUUUCCUAAAUUUCAGGGUAUUUUUGCAUUCUUUUGUCUAAAUUCAUCGUCUUUAAGCCUUUUAAGAUUAUUUUCUAACUAAACAGGACUGAUAAAACAUAUUUACUUUCUCAUUAUUUAGUUUUUAUUUGUUUUUUUUUUCAAAUUUCAGUGUAUAUUACCAUUUUUAGCUAAAAAUUGAUAUUUACAAAUUAUGAAGAACCAUUUUUUGAUCAAAUAAUAAAGAUGAAACUAUUUAGAUGUCUAUUAAUCAUUUUCAUAACUAUUAAUGGGUUCAAUUACUUUUUUCUAUUUAUUUUUCAAAUGUAAAACUUUUUACAUGUAAUUAGGAACUUUCAAAAAUGUUUUUGGUAAUUAGAGUUUGGUUUUUUCAAAUGUCAGUGUAUUUUGGGAAUUUUUUGUUAAAAUUUAUCCUUUUCAAGUCCUACGGGAUCAUUUUCUAACUAAACAGAAGUAAUGAAACUUCUUUCUAUGCCCAAUAGUAACUUGAUAAACAUGUGAAAUUGUUUUAAGUAGUUUUGAGUUGGUUUUUUUCCAAAUUUCAAAGUAACAAAUCAUUUUUAGCUAAAAUUUGAUAUUUACAAGCCUAAUGAGCCAUUUUUUUGAUCGAAUAAAAAAGAUGAAUCGAUUCGGAUGUCCCUUAAACAUUCCCAUAACAUACAGACAUGUUGUUAAAGGAGAGAUGAACCUAUUUACAUGAUAAUUAGUAACUUUCAAAAAUGUUUUUGGUAAUUUCAGUUGGGUUUUUUCAUGUUUCAGUGUAUUUUUGGAAUUUCUUCUCAAAAUUUAUUAUUUCCAAGUUAUUUGGGAUCAUUUUUCAAACCCAUAGAAGCAAUGAAACAUAUUUACAUCACCAUUAAUCAUUUUCUAAUUGUAUGGACUUAUUCUUGAUAGUUUCAAUUGGAUUUUUCCAAAUUUCAGUGUACACUUACUUUUUUCUGGAUAAAACUUGAUAUAAAUUGAGAUAUGAAGGGAUUUUUUUAGCUAUGAGCAGAGAUAAAACUAUUUCCAUGCCCAAUAACAUCUGAACUUGUUUUAAAUGGUUUUGAAUUGGGUUAUCUCAAAAUUUAGUUCAUAUUUGCAUUUUUUAGUUAAAAUUUAUCCUUUUCAAAUUAUUCGGGAUCAUUUUCUGACCAAACUGAAGCGAUGAAACAUUUUCACAUGCCCAUUGAUCAUUCUCUUAAUAUAAAAACAUAUUUUUAUUUGGUCGAGUUGAAUUUUUUGGUUAAUCUUUCAAAUUCCAUUGUAUAUUUGAAGUUUUUUGUCAAAAUUCAAUUUUUUGAUGUCUUUUUAAAUGAUUUUCUAACCAAAAAGAAGCGAAGAAACAUAUUCACUGCUCAUUAAUUAUUUUCUUAGCAUACAAAUAUAAUUUUAAUGGGUGGAGAGUCAUUUUUUUCAAUUCUUUUUCAACUUUGGACCAUUAACAUGCUUAUUUGUUACUUUUUAGUGUUUUUCUAUCAAAAUUUAUCAUUUCCAAGUCAUUCAUACCGAUGAAACAUUUUCGCAUGCCAUUUAAUCAUUUUCUUAAUAUAAAAAUUUAUUGUUAUUGGGUUUAGUUAAGUUUUUUUAAUUAAUUUUCCAAAGAUUUUUAACACAUAUAGAUAGUAUUGAACCUAAAUCUGUUUUAAAACAAAAAUUAAUUUCAAAUAUUUCUACCAGGUAAAUUAAAAUUAUCAAUCAACACGUUGACUGCCAAGGCAAUUUUGACAAUUUUAUUUAUUCGCAUUAAAUGAUUGAAAAUACCAAUUUAAACACAAAGUUAUCAUUGAAAGGUAUAGAAAAGAUUUAUUUUACAUAAAAAACCCUCGGGGGGGAAAUUAUGAGUUAUUUCUUAGUUGUGGGGUUAGCGUGUUGAAAUUUGACCAACUUUUGGAAAUACCAAUGGGGUUCGACAGCACCGUGGCCUAUUAAUUCGACAAUUUGUGUGCUGUAAGCGCAAUACCUGUAUUUUUAACUGCUGGCGGAGUCCUUCAAAUAUCCUGUUUUGAUUUUGUGCUUAUUUUAUUUUUAUCUUUUUAUUAUUGUUAUUGAGUGUAUACAACUUUUGUGUUAUAAGAUAUAUUUGACGAUUGUUUUUAUUUGUUGAAGACUGCUGGUAGACCAAAUUUGAAAAUUUAAAAAAAAACAAUGUACUAAACUUAUUUAGUAUGAUUUUUUAAUAUGUUAUUCAAUAUUUUUUUAUGGGUUUUAUGAAUAAUAAUGAAACGAACAAUGUCUGAAGGGAAUUUUCUUUAAAUACGGUUUUGUUCAAAAUUUUUGAUCUAUUUUGGAAGGAUAUCGAUAAAGGAAGAAUUUUCUUUGUACUGAGGCUACGGAACUUACAACUUAUCUUACAUAAACUUUGUUUUGGUGGUUUUAGUUGAGUUUUUACAUGAUGUUUUCAAUAUUUUAAUUCAUAUUGGCAAAAUUUAACGUUUGUAGGUCAUUUAAACUUUUUUUUGAUAAAUAGAAGAGAUUCAGAUGAUUUUUUUCAUUUUUUUUCUCAAGUUUCAAUGUAUAUUUUUACUGUUUAUUCAAAAUUAAACUUUCAAUUCAUUUUUUGACCUAACCUAACAUAUUUUAUACCAUGAAUCAUGUCCUAAAGAUGAAAUCUUGUUUUUUCUUCGAUUUGGUUGACUUGUUCAUUUUUUUUCUCUCUCAAUUUUCAGUGUAUGUUUCUACUUUUUUCCCAAAAUUAAAUAAUUUCAAUUCAUUUAGGACCAUUUUGUAACCAAACAAAAUAUGAAACAUAUUUUCAUGUCUCUUAAUCAAUUUCUAAACAUACAAACUAGUUUUUUUUAGUUCACUAAUUAUUUUCUUCAAAAUUAUGUUUUUCAAAAACAUUUUUGUCAUUUUCUAAAACUAUUGGUUAGUUGAACUUGAGUUUUUUAUCAAGUUUUCAUAAAUUUUCACUUAUUUUUCCAAAACUCUUGAGGUAUUUACACUCCAACAACAAAUAAAACAAAUUUUCUUUCCUGUUACUCAUUUCGUACAAUUGUAAAUUGUAUGUAUCAAUUCGACUCUUAUUCUUUCAUAAUUUUCCAAAAUUUCAAUCUACAUUUGUACUCUUCAUCCAAAAUUAACUUAUUUAGGAUCAUUUUUUGACCUAACAACAUAUUUUAUACCGUUAGCCAUGUCCUAAAGCUGUAUAUUAAUUUUUUUGUCAACUUUUUUUUUUAUAAAUUUCUGAUAUUUCUAACAUUCCUUAUUUAGGACAGUAUUUAGUAGAAUUUGAGCUAAUACGGAACCAAUUUAUAACAAACAAUAAAUUUAUUGAAAAAUCUUGUACAAGAAACCAUUUUGUUCAAGAAAAAAAUACAUAAUCAUUUAGAUAUCAACAAAUUUCUUUAAUAUUAAAUACAUUUAGACAUUGUUCGUUCCAUUAUUCAAUUUUUAUCGAUACUGGGUUUAUUUUAUAUAUAGAAAUAUUUUUUUAUAAUAAUAAUCAACGAAACAUGUCAAAAAAAAGAAAAAUCGAAUAGUACCUAACCUAACAUUAUUUAAUUUUAAUUCAAUACUAAUAGAAGCACUUGAUUUCAGUUGGACAUUUUUGGGUAAUAAAUUUUGAAAUUGCCAUCAAAAGUUUAAAUAUUAUGCUUAGUUGACUCAAAUUUUCAAUUAUAAUUUUGUAUAUAACAAAUUUCUUCCAAAGUAAAACAAUUAAUACAAAAAUCACUUGUUUUGCAACAAAAAUUUAUAACACCCACUAUAUAUUCAUACAUAAUUAAAUAAAUUACAAAAUUUAAUUAUAAUAUCAACAAUUUAUUCACAUUUUCAUCUAAAAUUUUUGAAAAUUUGAAAAUUUUUGAAAAAUCAUCAACAUUUUAUUCUACAAAUUCCAAUAUUUCAAGUCUAAAUUUUCUAUUUAUACCAAAUAUUUGUAAUUCUUAACAUAUUAUCCAAAAAUUACAUUCUACUCUGAAUAUCCCGAUAGGUAUCAUAAUAUCUACCAACUUCCAAUAAAAUAUUUUUAUAUAUCUUGUGAUGUGCAUCAUUAUUAUGACGAAAUUUACAAAAAAAAUCCCAAAUUAAACUACAGUAACACCAAAACUCGUGAUUUAAUCCGGCUCGAAGGACCAGAAUGUGUAAAUAUUGUGGUGAAACGAGUAAACGAAUUGUUCUAGUCAUGAAAUAAAUUUCAGUGGUACUAAAUUUACAGAUUUUCCUUUUUGACAUGCUAAAAUGAAUAAAUCCUUGUGGUUCGUGCAUGUAAUGUGAUUGUAAGUGUGAUAAAUGAUUGACAUUUUUAUUUGACACAGAUGAAGAAGACUGAUUUCUAUCUAAAUAGAUUUGACCUAACUAUGAAUAAA